AUGAUGCUUCCUAAAACAAAAAAAAAAGAAGCUCAGUCGAACCUCUGCUUGUCUUGGCUUUUCUUUCGACAGACAUGCCGCGCGCUGCUCAAACCAUCAAGCAACUUGCCUCUGCGGCUCGUCCACUCGCAACCUCCGCGGAAUCUUCCACGAGGCUUGUCGUUCCACCAGAGAUCGCCGCAGAGUUCCCCGUCAGGGGCCCUGCUUUCGACGACUUUAUCAGGCGCACCCCACCCGAUGUCCUCAAGGCAGCACUUGCCCACGCGCAAGCUGUGCUCGAAGCUGCUUCCCGGCGAAAGGCAUAAUCUGUCAUUCCGACUGUCGUCUGUCCGAAUGUUGACUGGUUCAGACCAACUCACCAUCCCAAUCUCUGUCAGCCUGAAUUUCGAAGCUGAGCCAGCUCUCUCCUCGGCAGGAAGCGGCUGUGAUGGCUUUUGCUGUCAAAAUGAGUGUAGCCUCUGA